AUGCAUUUCAAGACUUUAGCUAGUGCCUCUGCUCUCCUCCUUGUGCCUUUAUCAAUGGCAUCACCACUUCCUGCUGCACGGGCUAAUGAAAUGUGUGGGCAAUACGAUACCACCACGGCUGGUGAUUACAUCAUCUACAACAACCUAUGGAACAAGGAUACUGCUACAAGUGGCUCACAGUGUACCGAAGUGACCGGCAUCAAGGAUGACAAUACGUUGUCAUGGCGUACGACUUGGAGUUGGGAAGGUGACAAGACACAAGUCAAAUCAUAUGCCAACGCCAAGCUAGAGAUCGAUCCCAAGCAGCUAUCAGCGCUCAAAAGUAUUCCUUUUACGUGGAAAUGGUCAUAUAAAGGUGAUGGCUUGGUUGCAGAUGUGGCCUUUGAUAUCUGGACGUCCUCAAGUACAACGGGAGACUAUGAAUAUGAAAUCAUGAUCUGGCUCGGUCGUCUUGGUGGUGCAGGUCCCAUUGGUGAUAGUAUUAGCACGUUUGAUCACGACGGUACCACAUGGGAGCUUCAUGAAGGUAGCAAUGGAUCCCAAAAGGUUUAUAGCUUUGUGGCUGCAAAAGAUAUCAACAACAUGGAAAGCGAUGCCUUGCCCUUCCUGCAACACCUCGUGGAUACUGGUAAACUCGACAAAUCUCAGUACUUGCGUGCAUUCCAAUCAGGCACAGAGCCUUUCAUUGGAUCCAACGCAGAAUUUACUACCACUGCCUACAAGGUCAAUAUAGCCUAA